AUGUCCGAUCGACAGAUAUUCAAAGGCCAAACCCCGCUCUGCCAAGACAUUCAGACCCAGGACGAUUGCACAGCGCUCAAGAGCACCCCGGGGCGCCUGUGCCGUUUUGACGAGACCGGCACCCGCUUUGCGUCGGGCGCCGUCGGCUGCAAGAGCUGCGGCGACCUCAUCCGUGGAUGGGCGCACCCGACUCUCGUCCAAGCAGAUGGCAGCGACAUUGGGUGCAGCUACUUCGCUAAGUGGGGUCCGAAGUGCUUUGAUAUUGGACAGCACACUGGUACAGGUGGAUUAUCCGCCAUGCAAGCGUGCUGUGCCUGCGGAGGUGGCGGCGCGGGUGAUCCACCCCUGACUUGCGCCGCUGCUGGGAGCAGCACGUGCCUCGCCGAGAAUGGCUGCAUGCUUGCGGGAGGCGCCUGCGUGGAGUCGCCUGUCUCUUGCGACGGCACGACGACCGGCGCCUGCACAUGCACUCAGUUGACACUCUCCAUAGCCGGCGUCCCCGUCUCAUUUACUCUCAUCCCCGUCACGGACCCAGCCUCGUGUUGCCUCGGCUUCUGCUCGUUCCUCGGCGUCAAGGCGGAUACCGCAGUUCCCUACCAUCUAUCGUUCCGGCGAGGCAAGUACUACGCCACGCGAGUUGCAAGCUUCCCAGCCUGCCUGCCCAGCUCCGGAGAGAUGAGCUUUGCUGGCGUUUACGACAUCGAGGAGGUCCAGGCGGCAUGUCACGCAGCGCCGUCAGACCACUCUACCCCGCCCGAUUUCGUUCGGCCUUCAGAGGUGCCUGUCGACCUCGGCCCGCCGGACGCCUGGGCCAACUCGGCGCAGUGCCUGACGUGGGCGAGCAACGGGCAGUGCGAGUCCGACCCCGGCUUCAUGCUCGUCAACUGCAACCACACCUGCGCCAAGGUCGGUCUGGGCAAGAGGCAGUACAACGCUCGCUGCCCCAUACCUCCAAACCGCACGGCCGCGCUGCCGCCCGGAGUGUUGCACCGGACGUUUGACCGCGCGAUGACCGACUUUGCGGAUCUGAAGCCGGAGCGCAUCUCCGUGAUCAUCUUUCACAAAUUCUUCUCCGAGGAGGAGACGGACGCCUUCAUCCGUCACGGGCGAGGCCGCUACUCAAAGUCACUCGCGGCCGGCAUUGACGAGGAGCGGGCUCGGAGGGAAAUGGGAGCAUCCGUCUCUUCACGGCACUACCACAGCGUUGCGAAAAACAUGCUCAGCUGGUCUUGCUUUUGCUUGCACAAGGCGAGCGGUGCAGAGAUCUGCCACCAGACUGGUUUGUGGGAUCAGGUCUACUACCAUGCCUGCGCGAGGGUGGGCGACCCGAACUGCGCCUUCUACGGCGACCUCGAACGGUUGCAGGGCGUGCGGAUCUACACGCUGUUAGGCUACUUGAACCACGUGCCGCGAAGUAAGGCCGUCCUCUGGCCGUCGGUGCUGGCCGACGCGCCGCACAGCGAGGACGAGCGCACUGACCACGAGGCGCUGCCCGUCACAAAGGGCGAGAAGUUCGUGGCCAAUUUCUGGAUCCACCAGUACGACUUCAAGUCGCCGUUCGCCAAGGGCUGCCAGCGGGCGUGCAAGUGCUCGACUCGGACGCCUUCUCAAGACGGCUACAGUGGCACACUGUGGCGCCACUGGGAGACCCUCUUCAUGCAUUGCUCGUACCGCGUAUAA